GUCUGAUUGUCUAUAACACGUCGACGCCAUCCUCGGCUGGUCAACUGAUCGAGCCUUCUUCUCGGCAAAUCUGACUCAUUCACGUUAUCUGCAGCCCCAUGCCCCCCCAUGUGUCCAUUCGAAAUCUGAGUAGUUUGCAUCUCGCAGCCAAUCAGCGGUGGAAGAGCCGUGAUCAGUGCGAGUGUCAGCGCUGGCGCGCAGACGUCGCCUCUUCGAAAUGCCAUAGGCAGGGCAGGCGCGCUAAGCGAUGGUUCCUCCGCAGCUACCUCGUAACGAGCGACACGUCUUUAGCAAAGCGCACACGGGCCCGAUUCAUGUGGCCCGCUUCAACUCAUUUGGCAAGUAUAUCCUCAGCGGCGGGCAGGAUCGCCUGGUGAAGCUUUGGAACGCAAAGACCGGCCCCUCGCCAGACGGCUCGCCGAUCCAAACAUACUCUGCGCACUCACGCGAGGUCCUUGCGCUCGACAUAUCCGCUGACAACUCGCGGUUCGUUAGCGGAGGCAGUGACAAGGCUGUCUUCAUCUGGGACGUUGCGACAGGCACUGUGCUUCGCCGCUUUUCGGCGCACGUGGGCAAGAUCAACGAUGUGCGCUUCGCGGGCUUGCACCCAGACGGCAGCGUCGUCGUCGCUGGAGGGUUCGACGCAGCAGUUAGGUUCUACGACCUUCGAGCGCAUGGUGCCUGGAAGCCAGUCAUGGAACUAAAAGAAGCAAAAGAUGCCAUCAUGUGCAUCAGCGUUUCUGGGGACGCCGUGUGCUCUGGUUCCGUGGAUGGCUGCGUCAGAACCUAUGAUCUGAGGGAGGGUCAACUGCGAACAGACGUCAUUGAUCAUCCCGUCGUAUCACUUUCCCUCUCCACAAACAAUGCCAGCAUUCUAGCUUCGACUCUGGACAGCACACACAGGCUGCUGGACAUGUCCGACGGGUCGCUCCUCCAGUCUUUUGCUGGGCACGGUAAUACUGCCUACCGCUGCCACUCUUCCUUUGCCGCGUCGGAAGCAGUGGUUAUCUCAGGCGACGAGGGUGGUCGCUUGUGCGCUUGGGAUGUGCUUUCAGGCAAGCAGACACCUAUCGGUGCCGUUCCUCUUAACGGCGGUGCCGCACACAAGGCCCAUGCAAAGGCAGUGCUUUGGACAGAGGAGAGCCCAGCGCAGGGGGAUGUGGAUGUGCUCACUGCGUCUGCUGACGGCGUGCUCAAAGUUUGGUCGUCGCAGUCAUGACAAUUCGCUGCCUUUUUCCUGAUGAUUCACAAUGUGAUCAUUACCUUUAAAAUACAUUUGCGAUGGGGCCAUUGCAUGCAAUAAAAAUCCUUCCGGGUAGUGAAGAAAGAAUGGAUGCUGAAUGAUGUGUAUUUAGGGAAUAGACAAAGGGCUAAUGCUUGAAAAUUUGAA